AAGGCCGUCUGCCCUACUGACAAACUUCGCUGCCCACCACUAGCCGCUCUCUUGUACCUUGCAUGUUGCCUCGAGCCAAGCCAGCCCGCUCGCUAUAUCCCGCAACACUCCUCUCUCUCGGUGCGCCGCUUAGCAAGACCGUUCUUUGUCUUGCCUUGUUUCGUCCCGCUAGUUGCGUGCCAUCUUGCCACAGCGCUGUGGAGCGAGGGUACACGCAUGACCUUGGUCUCCGCCCGUCUUACCCCCCUCCACCUGUCCCGCACUACUUUAUCCGUAUCGCCCUUCCGGGUUCAUAUCAAACAGAAGUGGACUCUUUCGUCUACCGCUGUCGUUUCGUCGACCGCCCCCAUCAACAAUUGCAUCCGCGUCAACCGCAGCCAGCAUGAUCAUCAUCCGAUAGACGUCACUCCUUCACAUCUUCAACUCGGCUUCUCAUUUACGACACCCUACUGACUGUCUACACUUCCACAUCGACACCGCCAUCAUGGAGCAGGGAACCAAAAUCUACAUCAUCAUUGGUGCAGUCGCAGGCUCGCUCGUCGUGUGUGCCCUUACCCUUGCAGUCCUCUUUGUGUGGACAAGAUCCCGCAGGAGGAUGCGAGGCUUCUCAUUACGAGCAGUCACACCACUGGACGACGCUGAAUUCGAAUCAUGGCGACGACCCAGCCAAUACAACCAACGGCUGGACGAGUAUGGCAUUCGACCAUCAAACCGAGUUGUCUUGCGAGACCGUGUAUCGCCCAGGACCCCAUCUUUCUUCGAGAAGGAGCUCAGCACAUACGACUUUCCCCCACGGACACCAUCAUUGACAGACGCUGUCUCAAUCAAAUCACCCACAAGCUCAAUACAGAAACCGGAGCGAACACGAAGAAAGUCUAGUGUUGCUUCGUCACUCGCUGAUAGACCACCAACUCCAUACUCUCCUUGUUCGCCCACUGGAGAGUUCAACCGUGGAUCGGUAUCUUCCCAUCGAUCACAGCCUCUGAUACAUUACCCCUCUGUAUCUGAGACCUCUGCAUUCCGCUUCAAUUUCGAGGCUGAGCAGAAACGCAAUGGGAACUGGAUAUAAUUUCCACUUCUCGACUCGAAUACUUCUUGUAAUCAUCUUUACCAACCUUUCGUCACGAGCGGCCUUUACGACCG